CAGCGAGUUCGGAGGCGGAAACCCCGCGGGCAACGACCCACUCGAGGUGACCCGCUCGGAGGGAGCGCACCCCGCCCCGCACCUCCGCGUCCCAUCAGGAGGCUUUCCCCCAGGAUGGCAUCAGCUGGAGACCCCCCCACCAGCCCUCGUGAUGCAGCAGACCAGAACUUCGACUACAUGUUCAAGCUCCUGCUCAUUGGCAACAGCAGCGUGGGCAAGACGUCCUUCCUGUUCCGCUACGCGGACGACUCCUUCACCCCCGCCUUCGUCAGCACCGUGGGCAUUGACUUCAAGGUCAAGACCGUCUACCGCCACGACAAGAGGAUCAAGCUGCAGAUCUGGGACACGGCAGGGCAGGAACGCUACCGGACGAUCACCACAGCCUACUACCGGGGAGCCAUGGGCUUCCUGCUCAUGUAUGAUGUUGCCAACCAGGAGUCCUUUACCGCCGUGCAGGACUGGGCCACCCAGAUCAAGACCUACUCCUGGGACAAUGCUCAGGUCAUCCUCGUGGGGAACAAGUGUGACCUGGAGGAUGAGCGUGUCGUGCUUGCGGAGGACGGCCAGAGGCUCGCCGAUGACCUUGGUUUCGAGUUCUUCGAGGCCAGUGCCAAGGAGAAUAUCAACGUGAAGCAGGUCUUCGAGCGCCUGGUGGAUGUCAUCUGUGAGAAAAUGAAUGAGUCCCUGGAUCCCAGCUCCAGCCCGGGCAGCAAUGGGAAAGGGCCCGCCUUGGGGGAUGCCCCACCGCCUAGGCCUAGCAGCUGUAGCUGCUAGAGAGGGUACCCCGCCCCCCCCCUCCUGCCUCCGCAGGGAAUGUGACUGAGGCAUGAGCCACAAGGGCUAUUUUCAAGCUCAGGGCGCCCCCUUCCCUCCUGUCAGCUGUCAGCUGCCCCUCACUGCCCGCAUGGCUCGUCUCCUCACUAUAGCCGGCAGCUGCCCAAGCAGCCCCUGUCGCAAGCUCCAGACCCCAGGACUCUGCAUGAGAGGCAGGGUCUGGGGAUGUUGACAUGCACGCGCUUGCUGCCUUCCGGUGUUUCAGUGGGCGCACGUGGGCAGCCUGUGGGGCUUCUACAGUGCCUUCUGGGUUCGAGCCAUGGUCCACAUCUGUUCUGUGCUGGGCCUUGGUUGAAGGGGGUUAGCCUUCUUCCUCCCGCCAUGCGGUUCUCCGAGUUCACCCUUGGAGAUAGGGAAGGAGGCUCCUUGCUCCAGGUCCCCUACUCUGACCCCAGCCUGCCCAUCGAUCUCUGAUCUCAAGGCUCCAAGGUGCGGGGGUGACUUUGGCCAGGGUAGACCCCUCCCUUCUGGCCUGCAGAUCCUCUGUGAGAACAGUAUUAAAGCAGCUUUACCUGUUGGGAAGGGAUAGGGGGUCAGAACCCCCUGGGUUCGGGGACCCCGAAGUGCCUUCUGAGUUUCCCCACAAUUUCGCAUCACCACGACCCUGCCACUGUUGGCUGAUCCAUGGUGCCCCUGAUCCGGGAUUGAAUUCUGGAAUGAGGCACUGUGUUAGGCCAGGCAGAGAAUCGCCAACCCCCUGGCCUUACCGGUUGGGGCUUUUUGCCAGGAGUUAACCUCAGAGCCAGGAGCCCCGGCCCUCCUGCCCAAACCUGCCUCCGUGGGCCCAUUGGGUGAUGUUUUAAGCAAAGUCUUUCCACAUCUCACAUCCGGCUAGACUAGAGAAGGAAAUUGAGCAAUGUCCCCAUGGCCCUCCCUUGCUGGUGACUUUCUGCUGUAAGGACUUGGGCUUCUUUCACCUGAGCACGGGGGAAGACCCAGGGUCCGCGUCCUGAGCCAUGUCAUCGGUGGGGCCCAGAGAUGGACCUGUUUUUGCUAACAGAGGAGUCACUCUCAGGAAUGUUUGGGGUUUGGGCUGGAAGAGGGAGAGGGUAGGGUUGUGUAACUGCUACUGCCUCUUGCGCUUCAUGAUAUAGCCUGGGAGUGGCAGGCUGGUGGGGGAUGGGCUGGGGUCAGUCUCCCUGGGUGAGGCUUGGGUUUCCAGCUGCCCCGGGCUCCUGCCGUGGGAGGUUAUGUGCAGUUUGGGGAUCUACCCUCUUCACAUGCACCCCGUACAGCUCAGUGGCCCUUUCUGCCCUGGAAUACCAACCGACACCCCAUAACUUGAUAGACACUGUGAGGACAGCCUGUAGCCUUAAAGGUCUCCAUCUCCUCCGCUGCGGAAUGGGGAAGGCCUGGUUCAAGUUUAAGAUUCGCUGCCGCCUUUCUGGAAACUCUAGAUAGAACCCGUUUCUAGAGGACCCUACGUGCCCCGUACCAGGGUCUCCCCGGAGACUUUCAGAGUCAGGAUAUCUUUGUACACCAACAAGUGAAAUGACUGGUGAAAGGACCAAGUUUUGGGAGAUACACAAAGAUCUGAAAUCAGAAAUGUUCAUUGCUUUAACAUAAAAGUGCCAUUAAAUUAGAAGUCUUCUGAAGUUGCACCACGGGCUGUCAAGAUGUCACUGGCCAGUCCAUUCUCGCUGAGCUGCUGCCAGAAAAAACGGUGGGUCAAGAGGGACCAGCCUAUUGCCGCAGCCCCUGUGACGCAGCGAUGGCCGCAUCGUCUAAGCUUUCUGUGUGCACAGAGUUUUCCAACCGUUCAGCUUCAAGUAACAACCGAGACAGCUGCCGCCGGGCUCUCUCAAGACUGGGAGCAGAAUAUGUAUUUUUGUUUCUGCUAAAAAUAAUGCGAGUUUUUAUUUCAUGACGUUUGGGGGGCAGUGUUCGCUCAAGAUAGUCUCUGGGGAACAGAAAUUGAUGUUCUCCCGGGUCCCUGAGGGGAGGGAGGCUUGUUGAGUUUACAAACAAAAAUAUACCAAAAGCUGUGGGAAAACCACCUCCCAGCUGCAGGGAGCCGGCCGGGAGCCCUCGCCUGAGGCUGGGUCCUGCCUGGGUGCUGUCCCUUCUUACCGUUUGCUUUUAGCAACUUGUCUUUCCACAGGCAGUUCGGUGGGACACUGCCACGAUUGCUGUGGUUUGGGGUUCUGCUUUCUUUCUUUUUUUUCCUGGCUUCUCUGGGGGUCAUAUUCUUGUGUCAUUCUCUCCAACUAAACUUAGAAAAACAAGCAAAGGGUGAAAUUUGGUCUCCGUGUGGAAGCGCUAAUUCUGCUAACUGGCUUCUUCUCCCCCAUAAUCCCAAAACACUACGGAGAGAGCCCCCGGCCUGCUCAUUUCUGCCCUGGAUGUGGCUCUCCUGCGUAAGCGAUUCUUUGAUGACCAUUGGAAAGACGUUGCACUUUUCUCCACACGAAAAAACAAUUAAAGCCAUUGUGCCCAGA